UUACUCUCAGUUAAAUUCAGAGCUGAGGUUCUCAUUCACUUCUGCUCUGUCACUACCAACAAACACACCUUCUUUUUUUCUGUUUUUUUCCCUCAUGCUGCUGGAAAUGGUGUUUAAAUGAAGACCUUCAGGGCUGAAGCUCAGAAACAGCCACAUUUCCUCUGACUUUAGUUUGGAGUAGGCUCAGAUUUGGAGGGCUGAGUGUUUGGCACAUUGGGCCUGAGGUGUGAAGUAACAGCUCUGUCACUCGUCUGUCAGAUCAGCUCCAGAGCUCAGGGUCUGGUGUUUAUUCUGCGCACCUGGACAGUUUACAAUUCAGCUGAAGUGACACAAGAAGGAUGAUUCAGGAAGUGUUUUCAAAUAUCAUGAGGUUCUACGACUACCUCCUCAAAAGGACAGAUGCACGAGUACGGGAUUACCCGCUGAUGCAGAGCCCGAUCCAGAUGACGCUCAUCUUACUGAGCUACGUGUUUCUGGUGCUGUACGUCGGGCCGCGCUACAUGGCCAACCGCAAACCUUACAACCUCAAAACCCCCAUGGUCAUUUACAACUUCUGCAUGGUGUUCUUCAACGCCUACAUCGUUUACGAGUUCAUGAUGUCCGGCUGGGCGACGACUUUCACGUGGAGAUGUGACCUCAUCGACGUCUCGACCAGCCCGCAGACUCUCAGGAUGAUCCGAGUGGCCUGGUUGUUCUACUUUUCAAAAUAUAUUGAACUUCUAGACACUGUUUUCUUUGUGUUGAGGAAGAAACACAGUCAGGUGACUUUCCUGCACAUCUUUCACCACUCGUUCAUGCCCUGGAGCUGGUGGUGGGGCAUCACUCUCACUCCGGCCGGGGGAAUGGGUUCCUUCCACGCCAUGGUGAACGCGAUGGUCCACGUCAUCAUGUACACGUACUACGGCCUCUCCGCAGCCGGCCCGCGCUUUCAGAAGUACCUGUGGUGGAAGAAAUACAUGACCGCUAUCCAGCUGACUCAGUUUAUCGUGGUGUCUGUCCACAUCUCUCAGUAUUACUUCAUGGACUGUGAAUACCAGGUGCCCAUCUUUAUCCACCUCAUCUGGAUCUACGGCAUGUUCUUCUUCGUCCUCUUCUCCAACUUCUGGAUCCAGGCUUACGUCAAGGGCAAGCGGCUCCCCGUCAAAAGCGAAGGCAAACCCAAGCAAAACGGCCACGCUAAUGGCACUGAGGCGGCCACGUUGGCCAACGGCACACACCUGGACAACGGCACUGUGCACUACACAAACGGGUUUGUUGUGAACGGGAAAGUAAAGGAGGUAUAAAGAAAAAGGAGAAAAAAUAUACAUGAAGACAGCUAGCACUAGCAGAGCUAGCAGGAAGGACUUAGUGAGAAUGAUCCUGGGUUUGUGGAUGUUUUUGUGAGAUCACAGGGGAGAUGACGAGGCACGGGUCUGUUCACCUGCUUUGUUUUUUGUAUUUAUUUGUCCACGGUGCAUGAGAAAGAUGUCCAGCUUCACAGAUGUCACGUUGACUUUUUUUCUGUUUUCAGCACGUAUGAUUCUCCCGGUUUCUCCAGACAUGCAUCUGAAUCGAGUACUACUGUAAAUAAAUAUUUGUGCAAAGUUAGGUGGUAUGGAUGGAAUGACUUUUUUUAUGUGUAUAACUUAAAAAAUAAACCACUUUUAUAUUAAA